CAGCUGAGGAGGGAAAGCGAAUGUGCCCAUCUAGGGAGCAUCGCUUUGCUUCUUUCCUUCAGCUCCAGCUGUGGAGCUAGCGGCGGCGGGCUGCGGGAUACAGCAAUUGCAAGGCUGAGGGAGCGCGCGCACCCUGUUCUCUCUUGCCUUUUUCCCUUUCACCUGUUUCUCCGAGAGGAGCUCUUCGGACUCUGGGGGAGCCGUCGCCGUCAGUACCUCCGGUCCUGCUGUCGCUCUCGAGGGGGCUCAUACUGCAGUAAUGCCAGACUCUCCCUUAGUGGGGAGCCAGCCCAAGUCGUACUAGGUGGCUGCUGGCUUGGGGCUGGCUCGCGCUUAUAGCCCUUCCCCGCCCCCUUCGGAGCUCUUCACUCCAGCCUUUUGGGCGCGCUCACCCCCCACCGCCCGCCCCGCUCUUUCUCUGUCUCCACACUUGGCUUCAGCCUGAGGGGGGGAUUGCAGUAGCCGGCGAGCGAGACACGCAGGCUGCGGCUGCACUGCCUGGUGGGGCUCCUCGCUCCCCUCGCUGGGUCUCUUUUUCCCAGUCAUUUGCUGCUACUGCUGCUGCUUUGGCUUAUUACCCGUGGCAGGGGAAGAAGGGGACGCUUGUGUCAUGCAACUGGGGCCGAGGAAAGGGGCUCUCCGACUGCAGGACUAGUGAAAGGGAAGUGCGAGUCCCCUCUGGACAAUGACAGCCAUGAAGGAGCAGCAGCAAGCGCAGCCUAACGCGGGCAGCAGGGGAAGCCAGGCUCAACAGCAAGACCAGGAACUUGGAAGCAACAGCUCACCACAGAGGAACUGGAAGGGAAUAGCUAUUGCACUGUUGGUGAUUCUAGUCGUAUGUUCACUGAUCACAAUGUCUGUAAUUCUUUUAACUCCAGAUGAACUGUCAAAUUCAUCAGAAACAAGAUUGUCUUUAGAAGAUCUGUUCAGAAGAGAGUUUAUAGUUCACAAUCCAGAAGCCAAAUGGAUUAAUGACACAGAAGUGGUCUAUAAAAACAGGCAUGGACAUGUUGUUAAACUGAAUGUAGAAACAAAUACAACCACAUUAUUGCUGGAAAAUGCAACUUUUGUAACUUUCAAAGCAUCAAGAUAUUCAGCAUCUCCUGAUUUAAAAUAUGUUCUUCUUGCAUAUGACAUCAAACAGGUUUUUCAUUAUUCUUAUACGGCUUCAUAUGUGAUAUACAACAUACAUACGAGGGAAGUUUGGGAGUUGAACCCCCCCGAAGUAGAGGACUCAGUUUUACAGUAUGCAGCAUGGGGUGUACAAGGCCAGCAACUGAUUUAUAUUUUUGAAAAUAACAUCUACUACCAGCCUGAAGUAAAGAGUAGCUCAUUGAGACUAACAUCUUCUGGAAAAGAAGGAAUGAUAUUUAAUGGAAUUGCAGACUGGCUAUAUGAAGAGGAGCUCCUUCAUUCUCACAUUACUCAUUGGUGGUCACCUGAUGGAGAGAGGCUGGCCUUUCUAAUGAUAAAUAACUCAUUGGUACCAAACAUGGUUAUUCCUCGGUUUACUGGAGGUCUAUAUCCCAGAGGAAAGCAGUACCCGUAUCCAAAGGCAGGCCAAGUGAAUCCAACAGUAAAGCUAUAUGUAGUCAAUCUGUAUGGACUAACACAUACGUUGGAACUCAUGCCCCCAGACAGUUUUAAAUCAAGAGAAUAUUACAUUAUGAUGGUGAAGUGGGUCAGCAAUACUAAGACUGUCGUGCGGUGGUUGAACAGACCUCAAAACCUAUCCAUCCUUACAGUGUGUGAGACGACAACUGGUGCUUGUAGCAUGAAAUAUGACUGUUCAUCUGAAGUAUGGCUUUCAAAACAGAAUGAAGAGCCAGUUUUUUCUAAAGAUGGCAGCAAGUUCUUUAUGACAGUUCCUGUUAAACAAGGUGGCCGUGGUGAAUUUCACCAUAUUGCCAUGUUUAAUGUUCGGUCUAAGAGUGACCAAUUUGAUAUACGACAUCUGACUUCUGGAAACUGGGAAGUUAUCAAAAUCUUGGCAUAUGAUGAAAAUACGCAAAAGAUUUAUUUUUUAAGUACUGAGAAUUCUCCAAGAGGAAGACAGCUACAUAGUGUGUCAACGGUUAAUUUGUUGAAUCGUCAAUGCCUUUCAUGCAAUUUCAUGAAAGAUCAGUGUACAUAUUUCAAUGCAAAGUUUAGCCCUACAAUCAAAUAUUUCAUUCUGCAAUGUAAAGGACCGGGUGUUCCAGUUAUCAGUGUGCACAGUACAAGUACUCCUGAAAAAUUUUAUAUAUUGGAAAACAAUUCUGUAUUAAAAGAAGCCAUUUUAAAGAGAAAAAAAAUCCGGACAGAAAUAAAAAUGCUUCACAUGGAUGACUAUGACCUUCCUUUACAGUUGUCAUUUCCCAAGGAUUUCACAGAUCGAAAUGCAUAUCCUCUUCUAUUAAUAGUCGAUGAAGCUCCAGGCAGCCAGUUGGUUACAGACAAAUUUCACACUGACUGGGAUUCUGUGCUUGUCAACUCUGAUAAUGCCGUCGUAGCUCGGUUUGAUGGAAGAGGGAGUGGAUUUCAAGGUCUAAAGAUUCUGCAGGAAGUCCACCAUUCCUUAGGAUCAGUAGAAGUGAAGGACCAGAUAGCCGCUGUAGAAUUCUUGCUGAAACAACAAUUCAUUGAUUCAAAUCGACUGAGCAUAUUUGGAAAGGGCUAUGGAGGAUACAUUGCAUCAAUGAUUCUGAAGUCCAAUGAAAGGCUUUUCAAGUGUGGAGCUGUGAUUGCACCAAUUACAGACAUGAGAUUCUAUGCAUCGGCUUUUUCGGAAAGAUAUCUAGGCGUUCCAUCUAAGGAAGAAAAUGCUUAUCAGGCAUCCAGUGUACUACAUAAUAUUCAUGGCUUCAAGGAAGAAAAUUUGUUAAUCAUCCAUGGGACAGCUGAUACUAAAGUCCAUUUCCAGCAUUCAGCAGAACUAAUUAAACAUCUAAUAAAAGCCGGAGUGAAUUAUACUAUGCAGAUCUAUCCAGAUGAAGGGCAUUACAUCACAUCAGAGAAGAGUAAAUAUCAUCUUUAUAGCACAAUCCUCAGUUUCUUUAGUGAUUGUUUAAAGGAGGAAGCACCUAUUUUAUCACAAGAACCAGAAGAAGAUGAAUAAGGAAGCCUAUUUGUACAGAACUGAGGAGACUUACAGUGAGGUUCACUGAAACCAUAAAUAAAAGUGACUAUGAGAGCAGAUUCUGCGGAAGUCCAAGGGCAGCUAAGGAUAUCAGUGGAACAGCACAUUUUGUGGCAAUGAGCUAAUAAACUGGGAUUUGAAUACAGAAGUCCAAAUGUAUUACCAAGGGACAAAACAUAUACCUUUGUGGAAGGCCGACGACUGGUUGCAGUUUCCUGGGGGAAAAUUAAUUUUGCAUAAGAGUAGGGUUAGUGCAUGUUGAUUCUGUUAAGAUUCACUGUUUGUUCCGUACGUAGUUGCUGUUUUUAUUUAAAAUGCACCAUCAUUUAUCAAUUUCAGCAUAAUGCACAACCUGUCUUAAGUAUUAAGUCCACUAAUAUUUGAAAAGGAGAGCUGCAAUCUAACACUCAAUUGUAAGUUUACAAUAAGUGCAAUUCUUUCACUGUCAAGCUUCAAAAUAUUGAGUUAAUAAAGUAAAUGGCAUUUUAUUUGUAUACACAGGAAAGAAUAUCAGGUGGGUAGGAUAACAAGAAUUAGUACUGGCUCCCCCUGCUGCCCCUAAAAAAAAAAGAAAAACCUUCCAGGCAUUCUCUGUUAUUAAUGUAUCUCCUAUAAUGCAUUAAGCAGGAUUGGGGUAGUAUACUCUUGGACUUUAUGUAUAUACACAAGCCUUCUUCCACAGACAAUGUUUGUGCGCUUGAACAAUUUUUUCAAGCCAUAAUUACAGCUAUGUUUAAACCAGUAUCAACAACUAAAAUAAUUGCCCAGUUAAAAGUUGUACCUUUUGAUUUACUAAGAAAUGUUUUGGUUGUGUUUUUCGUAUUGUUUACAGUAGUCAAUAGUUUGCCGGUUACACACUCUAAUUUUAGAAUAUGCUACUUUGUCACAUGUAAAUUAGAUACAUGAAUAUUAAAUUAUAGUUUCAGAUAAAGAAAUUUUAUUAACAAUGUAAUGCUAUUGGGUAAUACUUUACUUCUCAAAUGGUGACAUAUUUUAUAAGGGUGGUUCUUGCCUUUUCUCUUACAGAUGGGCUGGGAUUCCAUUCUGAACUUCUAAUGUUUACUGCAGCAACACAUCACAGAGCAGUCUGUCAAGUUUUAUUUGGUUCUUCACAGUUGCUCAUUAAGACUGUUACAAGGAAGAUUUACAUUCAGCAGACUAACUGAAAAAUGAUUCUUUUGUUUCAUUUGUUGCCAAGGAAAGCCUCAUGAUAAAUGAAAUUAUUAUUUUAUUCAGAUGAAGAUUAUGAAGUGCCUCCAUGUAUUGUCAAGGUGAAUUACAACCUCAGAAAUUGACACUAUGAAAUAAACAAUCCCAUCAUUUUUGGCUAUCAAA